AUGAAGUUCGAUAUUUCUCCCGCCCGAGCCGCCGCGCUUGUCGCUCUCAUUGCCAGUGUCGAAGCCGCUCAUCACGGUCACCACCAUGCCCAGCACCAUGAGGCUCGUACCGUCCCCGAGACUACAACUCUCCAGAAGAAGAGUGGACAAUGCCAGUUCCCUACUGAUGCUGGAUUGGUCGCCGUCACUCCCAAUGAAGAGAACGCUGGAUGGGCUAUGAGCCCCAACCAGCCUUGUAAGCCUGGCAACUACUGCCCCUACGCUUGCCCUGCUGGUCAAGUGUCCAUGCAGUGGGACCCCGAGGCUACCUCUUACACAUACCCCAUGUCUAUGAACGGUGGCUUGUACUGUGAUGAGAAUGGUGACAUCCAGAAGCCAUUCCCCAACAAUCCUUACUGUGAGGAUGGAACUGGUGUUGUGUCGGCGCACAACAAGGCCAGCCAGGCUGUAUCUUUCUGUCAGACUGUGCUGCCUGGAAACGAGGCCAUGCUGAUCCCGACCCUGGUGGAGGAGUUGACUACCCUGGCUGUGCCUGGCAUGUCUUACUGGUGCUCUACUGCUGCCCAGUACUACAUCAAUGCUCCCGGUGUCACUGCUGAGGAGGGCUGCGUCUGGGGUACCAAUGCUAACCCCGUUGGUAACUGGUCUCCUUACACCGCUGGUGCUAACACCGAUGGUGAGGGCAACACCUACGUGAAGAUUGGCUGGAACCCCAUCUACCUUGAACCCACCACUCCUUUCCGUGAUGUCAGACCUGAGUUUGGUAUUGAGAUCGAGUGUGAUGGUGACGACUGCAACGGCUUGCCUUGCCGUAUUGACCCUUCUACCAUGGCUGUCAAUGAGAUGAGUGCCCCCGAUGUCUUCACUGGCGCCGGCGGUGCCACUGGCUGCGUUGUCACUGCCUCCAACGGCUCCAAGGCCAAGAUUGUUGUCUUUGAUAUCGAGAGCAGUGGUUCCAGUGCAAGCGAGACUGUGUCGGUCCCCACUAGCACAGUUGCUCCCUCGAGCACCAGCACCAGCACCAGCAUCAGCACCUCUACCUCCACUUCUACCCCUACCCCGACUACCACCAGCACUACCGAGACUCCCACUUCAACUAGCACUUCGACUUCUGCUCCCUCAACCACCUCGACCUCAGUCUCCACUUCUACUCACACUUCUCACCCCACUUCUACACUCACCUCCACCUCUCAGUACAGCUCUAGCACUAGACUGCCCAAGUUUAGCCCCACCCCCAGCAUGAGCUACACCUACCGCCCGCAAAUCUUCAACCCUACCGGUGCUGCGGAGAUCUCCUCCACUGGGUCUAGCAGCGAUACUUCUGCCGCCUCCUCCACCACCGCCAGCGCCAACGGUGCCUCCAGCGCUGCCGUCUCCAUAAUCAGCUUGGUCUUCGGUGCCGUGGCUGCUCUGGCCAUGAACUUCUAA